CAGUUUGUCUUUUCUUCUUUUCUAUUUCUACUUUUUCUUUUCAUCUUUUUAUAUAUACAUACAUAUAUAAUAUAUAUUAUUAUUAUUUGUAUUUUAGUUUCGUGGCAUGACUUCUGUGAAAAAAUAUACUCUUGCACCUGUACCUCAAACUUCUCGUGGUGAGAGUAUUAAACUCGGUACUGACCCCAAGGGAAAACACUUUUUAUAUACCAAUGGAAAAUCUGUCUUUAUUCGUGAUAUUGAAAAUCCUACACUGGCAACUGAAUAUACAGGUCACAAGUUUCAAGCAACCGUAGCAAGGUAUAGUCCUAGUGGAUUUUAUAUUGCUUCUGGAGAUAUUCAUGGCAAUGUUCGUAUUUGGGAUACUGUGAAUGAAGAUCACCUUUUGAAGAAUGAAAUCCGACCUAUUUCUGGCAAGGUUUCUGAUAUUGCAUGGGAUUGUGAUAGUAAACGUAUUAUUGCUGUUGGCGAAGGCAAAGAAAGAUUUGGACAUGCAUUUUUGUUUGAUACGCUUUCCUCAGUGGGUGAAAUUACUGGUCAUUCCAAGAUGAUCAAUAGUGUCAGUAUUCGUCAACAACGUCCUUUCCGUUCUGUUACUGCUUCCGAUGAUAUGACUGUGGCCUUUUCUCAUGGUGUUCCUUUCAAAUAUGACAAAACCAUUCGUGAUCAUACUCGUUUUGUUCAUGCUGUCCAAUUCUCUCCUAAUGGUGAUCACUUUGUUAGUGCUGGUGCUGAUGGAAAGAUGUUUUUGUAUGAUGGCAAGACCGGUGAUAAAGUGGAAGAAUUGACUUGUGAUGAACGUGGUCACUCUGGUGGUAUCUUUUCUGUAGCUUGGUCUCCUGAUAGUACUCAACUCUUGUCAUCCUCUGCGGAUUGUACUGCCAAGAUCUGGGAUAUCUCCACAAAAAAGGUGGUCAAUACAUUUGAAUUUGGAACUUCAAUUGAUGAUCAACAAGUAGGAAAUUUGUGGCAAGGCGACUGGUUGAUUAGUACAUCUUUAUCUGGGGAAUUUAACUACCUUGACAAGAACAGUGGCAAGGUAUCAAGACAUGUGGAUGGACACAGCAAGGCAAUCACAGCCUUAGCAGUGACACCUGAUGAUACUUUAUUCACUGGUUCCUAUGAUGGUCGGGUAUAUGGCUGGUCUUAUGGUGAUGAGAAAGAACAUACCAAGGCAGUACGGUUGGACGGUGAAGGCCAUGCCAAUCAAGUGACCUCAUUGGCUGUUUCCGAAGCUUCUUUGUUCUCUGUUGCUAUGGAUGAUACUCUACGCAAACGCAAGAUUGCGGACAAGGCCUUGGAUGUCAAGACAAUCUCUACAAAUGGUUUGCCUCGUUCUUUAGCAGUAUCGGAGGAUGGAUGGACUUCUUUGGUGACAACCAGUAAUGUACAAAUCUAUGAUACUAAGGAUCUUCAGAAAUUGGAACAACAUGAUCAAUUGGACUUUACCCCUACUGUGAUUGAUGUCAAGAAAGAUCAAGUGUUGAUUGGUGGGGAAGAUAGCAAAGUCCGAGUGUAUGUACGCAAAGAUGGGAAAUUAUCAUUGACAGGUGAAUUAACCAAGAACAUGGGUCAAAUUACAGCAUUGGCUAUACAUCCAACGGAGGAUCUGGUGGCUGUAGGAGAUAGUGUUGGCAAAAUUUAUUUGUAUGAAGUGGCUAGUACUAAAGUGGUUGUGCAAAACUGGGUAUUCCAUUCUGGUCGAAUCACUCAAUUACAGUGGUCUCCUUGUGGUAUGUUCCUGGUGAGUGGAAGUCUGGAUACCAAUGUAUAUGUAUGGAAUCGAGCCAAACCAUUUAGUAAGGUGGCGAUCAAGAAUGCUCACGUGGAUGCUGUCAAUGGUGUUGCCUUUUUGAACAAGCAAGAGAAUGAUUCACUUCAAGUGGUUAGUGUGGGUCAAGAUGCUGCUAUUCAUAUUUAUUCUAUUACCAAACCUCAAUAGAUUAUUUAUUUAUUUUUUUUUUUAUUUGAUGAUUCAAUAUAAUAAAUAAAAGAAAAGAAUGGUUGAUUUUAUAGUGUGGAUGAUUGG